AUGGCGUCCGAGACGGAAAAUUCGAUACCGGUUUGCCCUCCACUGCCGGAAGCGGCUAGCGAACGCACCGUGUACCGAAAGAAAGGGCGUGAAGUUAACGGUGAUGGUAGUGAGCAACAUACUGCCAGUGAUAAGCGUUUACAGUGCCGGACGGAAACGGGCCCACUUGAGGGUGGUGGUGGUCCGGAAGGUUUAAAGUACGGCAAAUAUAGGGUGACAGCUCCCACCGGGGUCACGAUGGCCAAUGGGGAAUGUAAUGGGGUGGGAAAUAAGGUGACGGUGGCAGUGGCUACCAGCCCGGUGGUUUCGGUAACGCUUGAAGAGAUCCUGAAAACGUUCAAUGCCCCCAUAUCGGAGGAUCAGGCAUGGGCGUUGAUCUAUCAAGCGUCCCGGAUGUUUAAGGCGCGUCUGGAGGAACCUGGAGGCCGAUUGCGUGACCUUCGGUUACCGUUACAUCCGCACCAGCUGCACGUGCAGAAGGAUGGUAGCUGCAUCGUGACGGCAAGAUCAGAUAAGGAGCUGUGCAUUCCAUCGACCCAGAAAAAGAUACUGCUGAAGCUGGGCAUCGUCGUGUACCGGGCGCUCGACUACAACCUGCCCACUAGCGAAGACUGCCAGAUCUCGCACGAGCUCGAGGAGCUGAUUGACUUCAUGACAUCCGAAGAUAACGACGACGAAGGUAUCGAGCGUGACUCGGAAGAAGUGGAAGAGGACCUGGUGACGGUCGACAGCGACGACGACUGCAAGCCCGGCAAGGGAUCGCUCGGCCUGGAGGUAGUAAGCGUAGCCGCCAACGGUUGCGGUGGCGGUGAGCGAAAGCAUCUCGAAACCAAAGAACUGGAUCACGUGCUGGAGUACUGUUCGUCACGUGUAUCACCCUCGAAGCCGGAAGAUCACUAUCGAGCCGUGUGCCGGGCGCUCGUAACGGAAACGCUCGAACUGAGAACGUUCCUGCAACGGGUAUGUCAAGGAGAGGCGGAGGUCCUGCGGCUAAAGGCUCAGGCGGAAACGACCGGCAAGGAGCUCGAGAAGAUCCACUUCAACGAUUGGGCCCGCUUUUGGAUGCAAGUCGUUGAUGAGUUGCGUCGUGGCGUACGGUUGAAAAAGAUCAGUUUCUCCCGAACACCGAUCGAGUACGAAUUGACGCCCUACGAAAUCCUGAUGGAGGAUAUCCGCUCCAGAAAGUACAAUCUCCGCAAGGUAAUGGUGAAUGGUGACAUUCCACCGCGCGUCAAGAAAGACGCACACGCAGUCAUAUUGGAGUUCAUCCGUUCGAGGCCACCGCUACGCAAGGCAUCGGAAAGAAAGCUAGCUCCAGCACCGCUCAAGCGAGUUUCGUGUCCUCGCGAGCAGUUGCUAGAUUCGAUACGGAAAGGACGUGUGCUGAAGCCGGUACAUCCGAAGCUGAAGUCAAGACACUGUGAAUCACCCGACGGCGACCCGUGCGUUGAUGCGGUCCGCGAUCUGGCGUACUGUCCGGUGGAUAAUCCGGCCACGGUACCGAUGGCCCCAUCGCCACGGAAGCCACCGACACCGGCCAAACACAGGAGCAACAGUAUGAGCGGUGGCAAUGCUGGUUUGCCACCGAUCAAUCGUGUACCGAAGGCGGCACCACGUGCAACCCAACAGCCACCAACGCCAAAACCAAGAUCAGUUUUACCUACCACAACCCAAGUAGAUAGCGUAAAGAAAUCGUGUGAUGAUGAAAUCGACACCAGCGGUGGUGCACACAGCCUCGGCGGAGUCAGUGGCAGCGGCAGCAGCAGCACCGGCAAUGGUAGCAGUAACAGUGCCGCCAGCUUCCACCACGGUUCCAGCUAUAUCGGCCCAAACUACAAGACGAUGACGCUGGGUCGUUCGAGUUUUUCGCACACCAGCGGUACACCCCGUAACACCCUAAGACUGAUACCAGUAGACUUUUCGCUGUUCAACGAUGAUGACUUCAUUGAUGAAACGGCGAACGAUGGCGCAGAUUCUGGCACGUGCAGCAGCAGCAGCACCAGUGGACAGCUGCAGCGAGCACAGCAAAAUGGAGGCCACCGGAUAGCGUACGGUAGCGUUGGUGGCAAGCGCAGCAGUACCGACGAUCGUGGAAUCACCAACAGUGACAGCAACAGUACAAACCGUCUGAUGAUCGUCAACAACGAGAACAAUCAGAACAACAUUAACACCGUGCUGCGGAGGACAAAGAACAUCAUCACCCACGACGAGUAUCAUCGGUUCUGUGAUAAAGCUCUCGAAACGUACGAUCUUGCCACGCAGUGCGAAUCACGACGAGCAUCCAUGCGCCGGCACACCAUCAUCGGAUGCAAUCAAAACUACAAACUCGACCCACUGGCAAGUCACUCGAUGCCACCAUCGCGACCCGCUUCCCGUCAAUCCGAUCGUGAUGCGCUAAAGAGUGACACGCAACCUGCAACACUCACCACCACGAACGGAGCUAAUGGAGUUCCGCCGAAGGAAAAGCCUUCCGCCGUGGUAAUGCCACACGUCGUGAAUGGGACGUCCCGACCGGCACCGAUCGGAAGUGUGGCGACGGUGGGUAAUGGAAGUAGCACCACCAUCGAGUAUGUCAGUGCAAGCAAUCUGUCAUCGUUGGACACCUGGACCAAAAAUUCGCUCGACGAGCACCAGUGGAAGGAUGCGUUCAAUCUGAACGAUCGAUUGUCCCUGACGCUGGAAGAAAUCGUACAUAUCCGCUCAGUGAUGACCAAGGCCGAGCUUGAAGGGCUGCCGGUGGAUGUGCACAUUAAGGAGGACGUGGAAAAGAGGAAAGUUUGCUUCCUGUGUUUACGCACCCGGUUCACGCUGUUCGCGCGAGGGAUCCUGUGCAAACUCUGCCAGAGGACGGUUUGUAACAAAUGCAAUACGAAGAUGCGAAUACCUACCGAACAUUUCCGCAAUGUUCCUGUGGUGCUGUUGUCACCUUCGCUCAUGAAUAGUCCGUGUACAUCCAAUACACCUUCGCCGAGUCAUCAUGCGCACGGAACUGGCUCGGGUCCUACCAGUAUGGUGGACGAAUCCUUCCCGCGAUCCCUGAUGGAGCGACUGUUACGGCCUGAGUUAGAUCGAAAGACUCGAAAUACGGUCGGAAGUGCUCCGUCUUCACCAAAGAAUCAGCGUUCUGCCUCCAGCACACCGGGCACCACCCUGCAUGGUACCGAAACCCUGUCCCUCUCCCUAUCGCAUCACGUGACCGGUGCGAGCAACACCGCCAAAGACGUCACAGCUCCGGCGAACGUUAUCUCUUCCUCUUCUACAACGGUUCAAACCGCUGCGCAGAAGUGCUCGCUCAUGUCCCGCAGCAUGGAAGGUCCCAACAGUCUUCCACCGCAGAGUCCAGCAAGACCACACUCGAACUGUAGCACGCUGGACAGAAAGAAUCGUUUCGCCAAAGCAUUUACGCUCACGGCGUCCGGUGGUGGUGGACAAGGUGCCGGUGGACUUGACCCACAAAAGGAACGACUUACCGGGGAGUUGAUGGCCGUGUGCAAUGACUGUCGCAGCCUGGUGCUGGAAAUUAUACGAUCCUCGCGACAAACCCGAACCACGGCCCGGAACCAGGUGCUGCGCCAUCUAACGCUCGACAUCUCGCCGGUGUACAAGUAAGAGGUUUU